AUGGCAGAGGAAUCUUUAGAACGGCUGGACCAAGAGAUUACGCUCCAUUUACAGCAGAUAGACUCGAAUAUAAGUCACUGUUUCAACACAAUCACCCAAGAUAUCAUCCCGCAUGUUUCGCAAUAUGGCAAUGUGUGCGAUCAGGUCAUGGAUAGCUGUAACUGGCUGAAGACAAUGUUUCAGGAGGCCGGUAAUCUACAGAUCGAAGCGGUGGAUGGAUCAGAGACGUUUGUGGCAGCUCAAGGCGCCGCAAAUCCUCAAAACAAAGAAGAGUCCAGCGGACAAAGUUCGCUUCAAACACUGUUUCCGGGUCGCCCGCGAUUGGGCCCUGACUCUUCCAGUAUCAUGGCCCCUCCAGUGCCGGUACUUGCUGCUGAAAACGAACGUUCCCGUCCCGAUCCCACUACAACAGUGACCACCACAACCGGGAAGCUUUUACAAUUGCCAGACUCUAGCGACGAAGAGCGCGACCGAAGGUCUAUGAAUGACUACCAUACGGCUCCCGUUGAUAAAACAGACGAUGCAGGACAUUCGUCACGGGUGUCAACAGCGCCAGACCCGGAUGGUAGCACCGUCCAGCGCCAAAGGCGGAAACGCAAGCUGUCGUUGCUGUUGCAGCAGCAAUAUGGCUCUAGCUCCAGCAGCGUGGCACCCUCGCCUGCUCAAUUGAAACGGCCCAUUUCGUCGAACCUAGACAGUUCACCCAUUCGCAACAAGGACUCGUCGCUACAGGUCGAAAGCACCAAGCAGAAUCCUGCACACCCAGACACCAUAAUUUACUUUCCUACAAAAGACGACGACGACGCUGUCGUCGAUAACGAUAAUGAAAUUACUGGCACGUGA